GCACAAAAACAAAAAUUAAGAAAAAAUUUCGAAAUACUUGAAAAAUCGUUCCCCAACGACCAACGAUGGAGUAUUUUGAAUACCUUGAAGUUAUUUGGGAUUAUUUAUUGAUCUUGUGGGCGUAUUCCCCUUGGAUAGCUUACUUUUUAGCUUUUGUUACAUUAGUUCCGAAAAUUUGCAAACGAACUGUCAUUGGUGCGGAAAAUGAAUUGCGAAAUGUCAAAUUUCAUCGUUGUUACGGUGCCGAACGGUGCUGUCAUCCAUUAGAUGCCGACGAUGAUGUAGUUCGACCUCGGAAGAAAGUUCUUCGUCGAUUUGCUGCCCCCAAACGUGAAGAGUCUUCUUCUACAGUUCAUUCAUCAGAAUCGACAGCAGCGCCACCACCGCCAGUAGCUCUAUUACCCACGCAACCAAAUCAUGUCAAUCAAAUUGCAAAAAUGUUCGAGGGCAAUGCACGCAAAGUCAACAGAGUGACGCCAAUUGUAACACACGAUUCUGGUUUGAAUCAGCAACAAUCCGACGAAGGAGCCAUGACAAAGAAAACCCUAACCGGUGGUGGCGGUGAUGAGUUGAAGUACGAGAAAAUGACAUUGCGAAACUUGGAAGAACGUUAUUUCAAGCCAUCGCCAAUAACAACAACAUCGACGACAACAAUGAUGAUUAAACCGGAAAAUAUCCCAGAAAACGAUGAAAAUUCUGGUGACUUGUUGAAUUGUCCUUUGGAGACUUCCCCGUCGUCAGCGUCGUCGGCGAAUAUUGUUAUUCAACGACGGCGCUAUCCAUCGACUUCCCCAUCACCCCCACCACCCAGGCAACUCUCACGACCGAACUCACUCAAAGCCAGCAUAGAGAAUAUAUUCGCUUUGGUUGGCAAGAGUGGCUUAAGUCCCACUGGAGGACCGGUUACAUCGAUCGAAGAAAUCCUGUCACAACGUCGACUCUCCCGGCCAUUGUCAGCUUAUUCGAUAAGUGACCUCUUGGGUGAUAGUCUGCCAGAUGAGAGUUAUAUUGAGAGCUUCUUUGGGAAUCUUAAUAAGUAGUUAGUAGUUGACUACCGUUAGUUUUUUUUUUUUUGAGCUGAUUUGUGUGCGAUCAAUAUUAUAACUGUGCCAUUAGUUUUUAUUGUCAAUCAAUUGGAUCAGAACAAAACACACAAAAACAAUGGAAUUAUAAUUCUAAGUCGGUUGUGAUAAGAACAAAAAGUAGGCGAUGUAAACAUGGCCUUAUUUUAAUAGACAUUUGACAUGCGUAAGAAUACGCAUGCAUUAUAGUAGUUAAAUGCGCCAUUUUUAAUUUUAAUUUAAUAUUUUUUAAAUAAGGGCUAAAUAAAUUGUUGUGAUAUUUUCCAUUGUCCUUUGUUGGUUCUGUUUAGAGAUAAAUAAUAGAAAUAUUUUAAGGGUGAUGUCACACUGCAAUACACACUCUUAUCGAUGUGUUUAGUUUUUUUUUGUAUUAUUUGCUAAAUAUAUAACUGAUUGUGCAAAUCAAUCAAUAUAAAGUGUUUAUCUUUGGCAGGGAAUGAAAUAAAUUGACAAAUUGUUGAAUAAAGUUAUUGAAGAGUAAAAAAAAAAAUUAGAAAAAAAGGGGGAGAAAGAGAAAUCAGAAAUAAUUGACGAAAAGUGGAACUUUAUUUAAAUUUUUGGCAA